CUCUUGGAUGUUGUAUUGUAGUGAGUAUAUAUGUGUAUUGCAUGGACCAAUCCUCGUUAUUGCCCUUCUGUAGUAAGUAAAGAAUGGCUGAGCAAUCGCAUUCCCUCUUUACAUGACCCACACAUGCCGAGGCCCAGUUCGAGUCUGACUCCGAAAUUCGAAUUCACUGCUUUUUACUACGUUCAAUACUGUACUCAUUUAAAAAUUGUGUACGGUUUCCACUUCUUGCUGCUUGAGCGAUCGACAAAUAGUCCUUGCCAUCUGCCAUGGAGGAAAAUGCUGUUGCGGGCCCCAGUGAACCUAAAGAUGAUUCUUCGCCUACUGAUGGUUCGUCCACUGCAUCUCAGUCGCCCAUUUGUGCCAUCUGCACAAAAACUGCGGCUGUCUACACAUGUCCCCGAUGUUCGACACGUACGUGCUCGCUAGCAUGUUCUCAAACUCACAAGACGCAAGGAGAAGGUUGCUCUGGGGUCAGGAACAAGGCUGCCUACGUUCCCAUGAAUCAAUACGGGUAUAUGGC